GGGGAGGGAAGCGCACGACGUGCGCGCGCCCUCUGCCUCGUCCACCGCUGCCGCCUCCUCCUGCCGCUCCUGGUGCUGCUUGUGUGCUCCCUCAGUGCGGACCCGGUGCCUCUUUUGUGAAGCGGCAGCUGAGGAGACUCCGGCGCUCGCCAUGGCCGACGAGAAACCCAAGGAAGGAGUCAAGACUGAGAACAACGACCAUAUUAAUUUGAAGGUGGCGGGACAGGAUGGUUCUGUGGUGCAGUUUAAGAUUAAGAGGCAUACACCACUUAGUAAACUAAUGAAAGCCUAUUGUGAACGGCAGGGUUUGUCAAUGAGGCAGAUCAGAUUCCGGUUUGAUGGGCAGCCAAUCAACGAAACAGACACACCUGCACAGUUGGAAAUGGAGGAUGAAGAUACGAUUGAUGUGUUCCAGCAGCAGACUGGAGGUGUCUACUAAAAAGGGAGCCUGCUACUUUACUCCAGAAUUUUGUUAUAGACCAAGAAUACAUUCUCAAUUAGAAAGCCACAAUUUGGUCCCACCACAUCCUGACUACUACAGUAUAGUUUUCUCUUCUUUCAUUUCCCUGUCCCCAUUUCUUUAUUGUACAUAAAGUAACUGGUGUAUGUGCACACGAAUAGUGCUCUUUUUUUUUUUUUUCUUUUCCUUUUUUAAACUAAAUGGCCGAUGUUCUUUUCUGGUUGACAUCAGAUGGAGAUGGUCUGGGGAAAAAUACUGGGUUUGUGAAAAUACCCCCUUCUCCAUUAGUGGCAUGCUCAUUCAGCUCUUAUCUUUAUAUUCCAGUAAGUUAUUUUGCUCUCAUUGUUUUAACAAAAAAACCCAACAACACCAAAUCCUUGCAUACCUUGUUCGAUUGGAGAAUUUUAAUGUUUUUCAUUUAUCAUUGUAAAACCAAGGACAAUUUUAUAACUUUUUUGUACGUAGCUGUUACAUGUAGGGCAAUCUGUCUUUAAGUAGGGAUAAAUUACUCUUGAACAAAAUGAUCCUAGAUAGUUUUCCCUUCAAGUCAAGCGUCUUGUUGUUUAAAUAAACUUCUUGUUUAAAA